UAGCAAGCACGCCCCAUGCGCGUGCAGAAUGUGCUCACUUGACGUGACUCAGUGUUUGUCCGGUCGAGAUGAGGGUUGGAGGUUGUGGGAAGUCGGUCGUCGCCUGUAUGAUUGCCCUGAUCUCCAUUUUGCUUGCACUGGCUUCUGGUCAGACGACUGUCAAACCAACAGCAAAACCACUGCGAAGGGUUGUGAAAGUUAAGUCAGAGUGCAGCGUAGGGAGAACUGGGCUUUCUACCAUCAACGUCCUGUCUGACUUCCCUGUCAAUGUCGAGGUAUUCUGCAAGAACGGCGUUGUCGUCAAACCCAUCACGACAGAUGGAGUGACGUACGUCCAGAAAGUCGCUUUCGUGAAUAAUGCAACGACACCCUGCAUAUUUAAGGUGAAUAUUUUGACGGUCUCCCUGAUUUACAAGGUGAAGGUCAGAGUCUCCUGGAAGACAAGGGUGAAGGGCAUCAAUAUACAAAAUUCAGGGAACUACUACACUGUCACGUGUAGUUAUGGCGACAAAGCGUACAACUCGAGUAAAAGUACUGAAAUUGACAGCAGCCUCCAAGCUUUGGAUGAGGUUAUCCAGAACAAGGGGUCGUCGAUGAAGUCGGAUGUCAGCAUGAUUCUAGUGAACACACUGAAUAGACCCAUGGUCGGCACGAUCGCCUUAGGAAGACGUCUCCGAAUACAGGCAACGGUUAUGGGCAAGGUGCACGUUCGGCCAGUGAGUUGUUGGGCAGCAAGUGGGAAUAAAACAUACCACAUUCUUGUUGGAGGAUGCGGUGAUGGUUUCAUUUUCAAAAAGACUGUCGGCUUCAACAUCAAGGGUAAAACAAUAAGGAGCCCUCUGUUCAGUGCAUUCAGGCUUCCUGGAUCGAAGACCCUGAACUUCAAGUGCAUCUUCGCUGCCUGCAGCAACCCAGGAGCCUGUGAUGGGAGUUCCUGCUACAAGGAGAAAGUGUUCAAGGACGAAAGUCUCGUAGAUCAUUUCACAACGCGGAAAUCACCAAUAGUCGUAACAGAGUUCACUACGAGGCCAAACCAGACGUAGUUGAGCAGCCGAUUGGGCCCAUAGACUGCCAGGAUGUGACAACAUGCCUUGCAGUGGGGACAGGAACGACCGGUGACGGGAACGUGGGCGGCUGAACAUCGGGAUGCGCAUCUUGCAGCCCCUGCAGGCCGGUAUCGUGUUUGCGGCAAGCCCGUUCCCAUCUUGAUACUGUUCACUCACUGCGCUAGUAAAUGUUACAAACCUA